AUGAACGGUAUUCAAGUUGAUGUCAACAGGUUAAAGAAGGGGGAAGUCAGUCUAGGUACUUCUAUUAUGGCUGUCACUUUCAAAGAUGGUGUGAUAUUAGGUGCAGAUUCACGUACGACAACAGGUGCAUACAUCGCCAAUCGUGUUACUGACAAGCUUACGAGAGUGCACGACAAAAUUUGGUGUUGUAGGUCAGGUUCAGCUGCUGACACACAAGCCGUUGCAGACAUUGUACAGUACCAUUUAGAAUUAUACGAAUCACAGUAUGGUGCACCAUCAAUCAAAACAGCAGCAUCCGUCUUCAAGUCUAUAUGUUAUGAAAAUAAGGAUAAUCUAUCAGCAGGUAUUAUUGUUGCUGGUUUUGACGAUAAGAACGAAAAGGGUGAAGUUUAUAGUAUUCCAUUAGGCGGUUCGAUACAUAAACAAAAAUAUGCCAUUGCCGGUUCUGGUUCCACUUUCAUCUAUGGCUACUGUGAUAAAAAAUUUAAGGAAGAUAUGACGAAAGAUGAGACUGUGAAUUUUAUCAAACACUCCUUGUCCCAAGCAAUAAAAUGGGACGGUUCCUCUGGUGGUGUCAUUAGAAUGGUUAUAUUGACGAAGGAGGGUGUCGAGAGACUAAUUUUCUAUCCAGAUGAAUAUGAGAAGUUAUAG